AUGCCCGUCUCCGCGAUGCCCGCCUCGCGGCCGCCUCCUGUAGCGCGGAACCCGUUUGCGGACCCGACUGGGCCGCCGCCGCCGCCGAAGAGCAGCGGCGGGACAAAGUACUCCACGCCCAGAGAGGGCCGUGAUGGCAGUGGCCGCUCAGCUGAUUUGCCCUCGCGUGCUCGCCCCGCUCGAAGCCAGACGUCGGCUGGCUCGCCGGCAAGCCGUCCAGCUCCCGCCGCCCAACGCUCCAUGUCCGCUCAGGAUUCGGCCCAUCGGUCGGGCGAAAAGUCCAAGAACCACAAGUCCAAGAAGCCGUCCAUGCACGCAGAUGUCAUCGACCGCCUUGACUUCUCGGGCGUGGGUCCCAUGUUCCAUCACGACGGGCCAUUCGAUGCCGCCGCCCCCUCCCGCAACAAGACGCGCCAAAAGGCGCCCAUGUACGCCUGGACGGGCGAAGACGCGCUCGAUCGUCCCUCGCACGAUGGUCCCUACGCCGCUGCAUCUCCCACCAACGCCGAUUACAUGAACCACGCUCAUGUCGACCCGCCCAAGAAGCAAGUCGACGCCAUCGCCGAGGCAUGGGGCAUCCACGAGCCCGAGCCGUUUGAGGACUUCUCGGCCGGUGGCGGCGGAGAGCGCGCGACCUACUCCGCUAUCAACCGUGAGCGUGACCGCGACCGCGACCGGGAUCACAAGCGCGCGCACGAAGACCGUCCUCGUAACCAACGUCGCCCGACAGCCAUCCCGCCACCAGCACCGAUCUUCGGCGAUGAAUCUCUUGCCCAGGAGGAGGUCUUCGCCGCACCAACUUCACCCAGCGGCGGUGCCGGCCUAGGCCGGAACAAGUCACUCAUGCAAAGGAUCCGCAAGAUGCGUGACGCGCCGAAUGUGCCCGUCGGUGCACCCGGCGGCCCCACCGCUGCGUUUGACGAGUCGGAACAGAGAGGUGCUUCACUCGGUGGUCGUCCCACGCAGCGGACGAAGCCCGCUCAAUACGGACGCUCCCAGAGCCAGACCCGCGGCCCGGGUCCAACUAGCCCAGAUAGCUUCGUAUACGUUGACGACCCCAAGAUGAAGGAUUUGCCUGCCGCGCCGGCCGACCUGUCCCCUCGCUCGGGACACAGCGAGGAAGGCUACUUCAGCUCUAACCCGAAUGGCGGUGGAGGUGGCGUCGGGCGCAAGGGUAGCAUCAUGCGCAGGAUGCGCGGCGUAGUCGGCCGCAAGUGA